CCGCGACCCGGGCAUCCUGGCGGACGGGAAUGAUGGAAGUGGAAAUCAUCCGCUGCCCUCAAGGUGCCCAUCCCUUUUCCAACAUCAACACCCAACUAAAGUCUACGUCAACUGUUGAAUCGCUUUCACAAACCCAUUUGUCAACCACUGUAGAAAAUCUUUGAUUCAUUCGAUCUGUCUUUGUUCAAGAAACUACGAAAGUAUUCCAGAACAAGUCACAAUGUCUGAAAACGGCGAGGCCAACACCACCACGAGCCCAACAGCGACCAACUCGGCGGAUGACGCCCGUCAAGAGCUCUCUGUUCAGCUUGAAGAUCUUCUAAAUACACUCUCCAACAAGUUCGCUGGUGUCUCGAGCGAGAUCUUCGCCAAGAUGGACGAGAUGUCGAGGCGUCUAGAUAAUUUGGAAUCUCAAAUAAUGGCCGGAAAAGAGAAGCCAAACGGGCCAGCCUGAUUUUGUUUCGUCGUGCAAGUAAACAACCCACGUGCGAAAAGGAGUCGGGUUGAGCGAGCGUCAUGUAGCAGUUCACGUACAGUAUACCAUGAUCAUGUUGAGCAGCUAAGACAUGUCUCUCCUUCA